AUGACCCGCCUGACGAGCAAAGUCCAACUGUUUGCGGUUCUGCUAUUCCUGAGCAGGAGCUGCACGGCUCUCUCCAACAACGCCACCGAGUCGCUCAGCCAACAGCCGAGCCACGUACCUCCGGAAGACGAGCCACCUACGGAAGACGCAAACCGAGCGCGGAAUGGUGGCAGACGGCGGCAGUCGGACCCGAUGGAUAACGGACCGCCUGAGCAGAGCCAGGUGGGCUGCAGAGAGUUGCGCUCUACCAAGUACAUUUCAGAUGGCCAGUGCACCAGCGACAACCCCAUCAAAGAGCUGGUGUGCGCCGGAGAAUGUCUGCCGGCUCCCCUGCUCCCCAACUGGCUGGGCGCGGCUUACGCCGGAAGGUACUGGAGCCGUAGAGAGGCCCGGGAGUGGCGCUGCGUCAUGGAGCGAAGCCGGACCCAGCGCAUCUGGCUUCGGUGCCAGGACGGCAGCAGCAGGACCUACAAGAUCACCGUGGUCACCUCCUGCAAGUGCAAGCGCUACAGCAGACAGCACAACGACUCGCGGCGCAAGGACGCAAAGAGAAGAGGAGACACAGGAGAGAGGGAUGAGCGCUAA